CCCGCCCCUCGACGCCUUCCAAAAUAAUCGCGCUUUGUGUAUCCAACAUGUCGGCGCCCGUGGAGGUAGUUCUGUCUGCAGAUUCAGCGGGGCAGCUGUUUAACUGCGCGGUUUUCGACCCUCAUUCCGGGUCAGAAUUCUUGUCCUAUCGCGGGGGUAACACGUCCUCCAGGUCUUUAACAGUCCUGAACGGAGAAUACAUAUUAGGAGCUCAACUCGGCAAGAACUUCAUAAACGUGUGGGAGAUCCAAAGAAAGGACCAGCUACAGCAGAAGAUUGUGUGUCCUGGGAUCGUAACGUGUCUCUGUGCGUCUCCUGAUGGCCUCUAUGUCCUGGCAGGCAUUGCUGAAGCUAUAUACCUGUGGGAGAUGUCAACAGGAAAUUUGCUGGCUAUUUUGAGUCGACACUAUCAGGACGUGAGUUGCAUCCGUUUCACUGAUGACAGCAGUCAUUUUGUGUCAGGAGGGAAAGACAAUCUGGCUCUCAUAUGGAAUCUCUCCAGCGUUGUUCAGUUGGAUUCGUCCCGCACACCAGAACCGUGUCACAUUCUUUCCCGCCACUCCCUCCCCAUCACCGACAUCCACUGUGGCCUGAUGGGACCACAAGCCCGUGUUGCCACCGCAUCCCUGGACCAAACCGUUAAGGUCUGGGAAGUUUCCUCUGGGGAGAUGCUCCUGUCCGUCCUCUUCGACGUCGGCAUCAUGUCAGUGACCUUUGAUCCCUGCGAGUAUUUCCUAUUCUGCGGAGGCAGUGAUGGCAAUAUUUUUCAGGUGUCUCUCUGCAGCACGAGUUUAAGCCGGGAUAAAACCUUCCAGACAGACAGCGACGGCAAUCAGGUGUUCAAAGGACACAGAAAUCUGGUGACAUGUCUGUCUGUGUCCAUGGACGGGACCCUCCUGCUGUCCGGCUCCAAUGACGAGACUGUCAGGAUGUGGGACGUUCAGAGCAAGCAGUGCAUAUGGUCCAUCAACCACAAGGGUCACGUGACCAAUGCUGUUAUCAUACCAGCACCUGCCAACAUGUUCCUUGCUGACAGUCAUCCAGCCGUCCCACUGCCACGGUUCAGUCGCCACCUGAACCCCUCUGAGCAGGGUGACGGCACGGGCUCCGGAGGCAUGUGUCUGAGACUGGGAGCCAGCACACAGGAGCGAGAGGGGACGUAUUUGGAGAAAGCAGACGAGCUCUACUCUCUGAUGUGUGCUGUCACUGACAAGAGUGUGUUUGGUGAUGGGGAGAACACUAAAGUUCGAGUGUCUGAACUGGAGGAGGAGGUGAAGACCCUGAAGAAGAUCAAUAAAGAUCUGUAUGAGUUCUCCACUCAGCUCCUGACCAAACCCAACUAGAAGAGCUUCCAGCUGCAGAGGUCCUCCGGCAGAACAGUCGGAUCAGAACGAGAGAAAAAUGCAUAAAAAUGGACUGUUCUUUUCUGCCCUAUUUUUAUGUCCUAAGGGCAAGAUUUUUUUUUCACAUCCUUCUCAAAAUAAGCACAAAGAUCCGGAGGUAUAUUUGUAGUGUGUUUAUGUGGUGACAUUUACUUUCUGUAUUAUUGUAGGCAUAAACUUCAAUUAUUUGGUGUUUUUUAUUAAAAAUAAUUUUGACCUGUACACUUCAUUAAAAAAAAAAGUUGCCAAAAAAUUGACACGUGUGACAUUUGAAUCAUUUUUCAGCCUCUUUAUUGUCAUUCCAACCAGCACAUAAGUCACAGAUCUGUAAAAAGAUUAAAAAUACUAAUAAAAGACAAUUACGGAUGAUGCAUGUACCUAAAAAUUAUUUUUAUUUAUUGUUACCAACCUUUGAGAAC